AGCGUCACAAUACGUAACAUCAACUUUUUAUCUAUUGUUUUAUUUUUAUUCAAUUCUGUUUUAGAGAGCCUUUCUUACGCUGUGAUUAUGGUAUAUAUUUUGACUGAUUCAGUGUCACUUGGUUGUUGCUCUACAUUACAUCAUACACUGCUGAGUCAACAGUAGGAAGAGUUACUGUAUCACUCCAGCCGCUGUUCCCUCCCUCAUUCUGAUCAAUCUCACACUGUCAAACAACACAGCUUCAGAUCGGCACAUAGUUCACGAAAUUUUAAGGACAAAAACGACGAGUUUUAACCCGGAAUCAACGCAGGGUACAACUUUAUACACCUUAGUACGGACAGAUAUGAACACGGACCAGGAAGAGCAGGAAGACGAACUGCUCGCUCUCAAUAGUAUCUUCGGCUCAGAGGAAUUCGUCCGAAACGAUUCGAACAAUGGCCGACUGUUAGUUGAACUUCCGUCCAACUUGACUGUGUCCAUGACAGAAGGUGAAGUAGUGAGCCAAUAUGAAAUAUCAUUCCUUCCACCUCUGCUCUUGACCUUUGAGCUUCCAGCAGACUACCCAUCCUCCUCACCUCCAUCCUUCAACCUCGCCUGCAGCUGGCUGACACAUCCACAGCUGUCUGCGCUGGGCUCUCAUCUUAUUGACCUCUACCAGGCCACAGGGGGCACUGUGAUACUGUUCUCCUGGGUGCAGUUUCUUAAAGAGGAUGCCCUUAAGUUCCUGGACAUCCACACACUACUGGAUCUCUCCUCAGAUGAAUACAAAACUCCACAGUUCAGCCAGGACUCACCAAAUACCAAAGCUAGACACACUCUGGGCAUCAGAGUGUCAUCGGACGUCACAGAUCUGUCUUCAUCAUCUGCCAAAGAUCAAACUUCACAAGGAGCUGCUGCUUUGCCAGUCCAUGGCAAAGAAUCCACUGGUCUGGUCUUAAGUCCCUCACAGACAGUCCUGUCCCAGCUCCUGAUACACGAUGCUGAACAGAAACAGAAGGCGUUUAAUACGACAGUGUUUGACUGUGGUGUGUGUUUUGUGGGCUGGCCUGGUUCAGAGUGUGUUCAGUUGCCAGAGUGUGGUCAUGUCUUCUGCCAGGCUUGUCUGUCUGAGUUCUGCAGGCUACGGAUCACGGAAGGAAACGUCCACGCUGUCACCUGCCUACAGACAGACUGCAGGACCAUCCCCACCCCUGCACAGGUCAGAGAUUUGGUUGGUGAUGAGCUGUUUCGCCGCUACGAUCGCCUCCUACUGCAGUCAUCUCUGGACCUCAUGUCUGAUGUGACGUACUGCCCUCGCAAAACGUGUGGUUCUCCAGUCAUCGUAGAGAAGUCCAGCAACGCCGCUUUGUGUUCUGUCUGCAACUUUGCCUUCUGUGUCACCUGCAAAAAAACCUACCAUGGAACUAACGACUGUCAGACCAAGACAAACGUGAAGAAUCAGAUUCAAGAAGACCCACAGCAGGGCACUGUUGACCUGCCACAAUCACAAGAGGGAAUGAAGUCUCUGAUGGAAGACUACUUGGGCGGCAGCAAAGAGAGACAGCGCCUCCUGCUGAGCAGAUAUGGUUACCAGUCCUUUAAGGUGAUUCUGCCAGACUAUCUAAGCGAGGACUGGAUCACUGUUGAAUGCAAACACUGUCCUCACUGUUUCUGCAAAAUACAGAAAAAUGGAGGAUGUAACAUCAUGACAUGCUCUCGAUGCAGACAGCGUUUCUGCUGGCUUUGCCUCAAAAGGCUGUCCUUCCCUGUAGAUAAUGGUCACUUCGAGAUUGGCACCUGCACUCAGUAUAGCUAUUGAUUAGUCACCAACACCACAGAGACAACAGAGUCAACAUCCUUUGCACAUGUAAUAUAUAGUCAACACCUGCAGCUGCUAAUUCUCUUGAAAAAAAAAUACAGUAAUGUAAUCUAGUCAGUGCAAAUCAUUUACAGUACAAUGAGAAUAAGAUUAUUAUUUAUACAGAGGGGAAAUUUUCCACAUUCAUUUUGCACCUGAGUGUGCACUGUAUGAAAAGCAGAAAUGUUGUUAAAAACUGCACUGACAUGUACAGUGAAAUUCUUUUUAAUAAUAAACACUAGUGACUAGGAGUGAGAUCUCCUGAGCACCCUGCAGGUUCCACAGUGUAACAACAGGCGAAGAUCAGACCUUCUCAACUGUAAGUGCAUUUGUUUUUAAAUAACUAAAAUAUAACAUUUUGUUGAAUUUUAAAUGUGAGGUGUUGUUUUAUCUAGUCUCUCAGAACAAUGUUUAUAGUAUUUAAUGCACUGGAAAACCCCCAGGUGCUCCCAGGCUUCCCCAGAUCAUAUUAUUAUUAUUACUAAUAUUAUUAUAAAAACAACAAUAAUAAAAAUUAUUAUUCGGUUU